AUGGGUAAGCGAAGCCAUUUAGAGCCAACUGAGCAGCGACCGAAGAAAAAGUCCAAGUCCGAGAAGCCCGCAAAAGCUUCUAAAGAUAAGCAGGAAAAUGGAGAUGAGAAGACUGGACCUUAUUCUGAUUCAUCUGCUCUAUCCGAGAUCCCUCAGGCAGACAUUGACAGUUUUUUGACCAAAAACAUCAUUAAAAUCUCUGAUCCCACCUCACCCGAUGCCUCUCAAUUCCGCCCAAUCCUCUCGUUUGAUCACCUACCUAAAUGUGAUGCCGGUCUAUACACUCAAUUGAAGUCUUUCCCUGCGCCAACUCCGAUUCAAUCCACUACAUGGCCACUUCUUUUUGCUGGCCGUGAUGUGAUUGGUAUCGCAGAGACUGGAAGUGGCAAGACACUGGGUUUUGGCUUGCCGUGUCUGAAGAAAUUGAUUGACUCCAAGUCAAGCAAGCCUAGUCAGCCCAAGGCAGUGAUUAUUUCACCGACGCGAGAGCUUGCAAUGCAGAUUUAUGACCAACUUGUUAAAUUCGGCGGCACUGAGAAGACUCAGGUGACGUGCAUCUACGGAGGUGUUGGUAAAGAUGAACAACGUCGUGCUCUUCAAAAGGCUGCCAUUGUGGUUGCCACCCCCGGCCGUCUCAAGGAUCUUCAGAAUGAUGGUUCGAUUGAUCUGGGAAAGGUCAACUACCUCGUCUUGGAUGAGGCAGAUCGCAUGCUUGACAAAGGAUUCGAGCAGGAUAUCAAGGACAUCAUCAAGCCAAUGCCCGUCUCCAGGAGACAGACUGUCAUGUUUACGGCAACAUGGCCGCGGUCGGUUCGUGAUCUCGCAGCAACCUUUAUGAAGACCCCGGUAACUGUUACCAUUGGCGGAGACCCGUCUGCGGAUCCCCGAGCCAACACAAGGAUCAAGCAAGUCGUCGAGGUUGUUGAUGGCCGAGAGAAGGAGGGCCGACUUGUGCAACUGCUCACUAAAUCUCAGCGUGGUCAAUCGCCCGAGAAAGUCCUGGUUUUCUGCCUCUACAAGAAGGAGGCUAUGCGUAUUGAGAAUCUCAUCAGAAACAAGGGAUUCGCAGUCGCCGGUAUCCACGGUGAUUUGAAUCAAUCAGACAGAUUCCGAAAUCUUGAUGCUUUCAAGAAAGGCCAGGCUACCGUUCUUGUCGCAACCGAUGUCGCGGCGCGUGGGCUUGAUAUCCCGAACGUGAAACUUGUGAUUAAUGUCACCUUCCCUCUUACUGUUGAAGACUACGUGCACCGAAUUGGAAGAACUGGACGUGCCGGUGCUGAGGGCCUUGCCAUCACCAUGUUCACUGAAAAUGACAAGGGACUGUCCGGCGGAUUGAUCAAUGUUCUCAAGGCAGCUAAGCAAGAUGUACCAGAGGCUCUGUUGAAAUUUGGCACAACAGUCAAGAAGAAGCAGCACGAUGUGUACGGUGCCUUUUACAAGGACGUUGAUAUGGACAAGACAGCGACAAAGAUCACAUUUGACGAUUAA